CGUCGAUCUCCAAGCUGAGAGCCAUGUACUCAUUGACGCUAGCUGGAAUACCGAUCGCGGUGGGCGCCAAUGAAGCCGUGCACCAACAGCGUCUCCUAGACGAAGAAGCGGAGGCCGAAGAGCGCCAAGAGGAGCUUUACCUCGAUGUUUUUUGCGACGCGAAGAGCAGGAAAAAGGAUGAGGUCGACGGCGCAAUUGUAGUUCUGAAAGACGGAAAGAUAAGGCUGUGGCCCAAAGACCCAGACACGGGUCUCCCCAAAUCCGGUCCAAAUGCUGAGCCACCGCCCCAUCCCUUUACGGGGUUUUACCUGCCUUUUCCAUCGUCUGAGCUUCCGCAUCGCCCUAUGCCCGCCGCUCCAGUCCUCGGUCUUGUCAGCACAGUCCCACCAUCUCCUUCUUAUUCGACAGACUCUUCAGCGCCCUCGACUCCCUCACCUGUACCGCAAAAGUCCUCAAGGCCAGCAAAGCCAAAGCUAAACUGGGUCUACGCGCACAACAAGACGCGAGAGUUGCGCUAUGGGCCGCGGUCGGAAGCGAAGAAACAUACAAUUGGGCCGUGGGACUGGACAGAAGAUGAACAAGGGCUGAUGUUGGAUGAUGAAGAGUGUCUUGUCGCUGUGGAAGAGGAGAGGGGUGGGUAUGGCUGGGCCGUGUACUGGGAUCGGGAAGAUGAUUGUUUAAAGGGUGUGGGUGUGGGCCAGGAAAAGAGAGUUUUGAGGUGUAGUUUGGAGAGGCGGCUUGUGGAAAAGAAGAAGAUGAAGGGGUUGGAUGAGGACUGAUUGAUGGAUUCAAGAAAGAAUGUACAACGGGGAGAUUACUAUGUUUGUUUCUAUUAGGAAUUGAACGUGGUGACGCGGCGGAUUUCACCAUGCCAUAGGGUACACAAUAGAUAGCAGCAAGGCACUGUGCCCUAUACCUUUUACACGUUGAGUUAGUAGUGGUCUAUACGAUGGAUGUUUGGGAAGAGCGAAGAGCGAUGCCUUCAGCGAACGUGAGUACUUGUCUAGAAGACGGGCUUGUUUUGGUGACUUCAAGUUGAGAUUACAAGUAUGUACAAUUGACUGGUUUGG